CCCAGUCAGGAAAGAGCCAGCACAGGGGCACUCCCUGCUCUGUGCUAUGUCUCCAAUGGCAUCUGCCUCUGGGUCCGUGGUGAAGCUCAAGCAGAUUCUGGUCCUCGACCCUCCCAUACCCCUCAAAUUCAAAGACCCCUACGCAGAUGAAGUCACUACAAAUCUUAAAUCGCAAAAUCUAUCAGAUAGAAAAGUAUGUAUCAAAGUGAAGACCACAGCACCUCAUCAGUACUGUGUGUGGCCCAACAGUGGAAUCACUGACCCAGGGUUCACGGUGACUGCAAUGGAUUCUAAAUUGAGAAAUGUUUUUGAAAUGCUCAAUGAAAAUGACAACUUGAAUGAUAAGGAACCCAGCAAAACUAUUCUGAUGAAUGCAUCUAAACAAGAUGGACUCACACCAAAACCAUGCAGUGUUCCAUUCAAUGAUACUGAAACAAGGAAACUCAUGGAGGAGUGUAAUUUCUCCAUGAAACUCAUGGAGGAAACAUCAGGGAGAAAUGAUAAAGGCUUAAGGCUCAAAAACGUAGCACACUUGGAUAAACCUGGAUCAGCCUCAACUGCUUCCUUCAGAGAUAAUGUCACCAAUCCUCUUUCCUCACUUCUUGUAAUUACAGCCAUUUUCAUUAGAUUCUUUUUAGGGAAACAUCUUGUAGAGUGAAGUAUGCAAAAUGCUACUUCUUUUAUUUUCUCUUGAUCAGAAAAAGAUUUGCUUACUAUCAUUUCACUGGUAGUAGGGCCCAGAGUGACCAGUUUUAUGCGUAUGUACAGCGUCAUAUUGUCUUUAAUGAUCUCUUAUGGUUAGAAAAUAAAAACUAACUGUUCAGCUAUUUAACAAACUAUAUAUUGCCAGAUUAUCAUUAGCAGAUGUCAGUUGCACAUUCAGUCCUUUAUUAAAUUCGUAAAUAAAGAAUUGCUUUCUUUGUGAGUUCAAGAAGUGUUUAUAAGAGUUCAAGAAUUGUUCAGAAUCUUAUAAAUGUUAUUGUAAUAAUCCCUUUAAAUUUUAUCUGUUGCUGUUACCUCUUGAAAUAUGGUUUACUUAGAUCACUAAUCCUGCUCAUUCAGAAAAUGCCAAGAGAGAUUCUACAGGGAAAUGUUGCCUCUCACAGAGUAAACUUUCUCCGUUACCUUUGCUAAUAUCAUGGCAGAAUUUUUCUUGUCCUUUGUAAGGCAGUUGUUGACUGAGUUUUUCAUCCUUACGAUCCUGUCCUAUGGUAUUUAAUAUGACAAAAAAUAUAACUGUUAACAGAUUCUUGCUCGAUAAAUAAAAGAUUUGUUCAUUUUACAUUUAUUUAAGAUAAGAGCUAACAUUAUUUAUGAAUCAUCUCCUGUUCCACCAAUUUUUUAAGUAUCACAUGGAAGCAGAUAUUUGCCUCACAGCCCUCAGUGAUCAUACAUUAAAAGCAGAGAAUAAAAUCUUCUAACCAGUAGAUGCCUAUAUAUGCUGUCUGGAUGUUAACAUUAGGCAUUAAUGGAAUGCAUUUAAUUCUUACUGAGUUUUGAAAAUUUGUUAGAUAUCUGAGCCUCUCCUUAUAUAGUACUGAAUGUCACAUUCAGCCUGUCAGCCUCAGGGUCAAAUAUAUUUUUCCCACUGAAGAAAAGCCCCAAAGAAC